GGUUCGUUAGAGCGGAAGUCGCAGGCAGCUGAAAUUAUUUGGAUUUAUUAGAAUUUCUGAAAGAAAUCGUCCUUCUUGGUAGUGCCACAAGUUGCGGCUGUUGUUGCUGCUUCACUGGAUGUUUUCCCCAAGUUGCACACGCAUUAAAUGUUGCUGGCAGAAGCGUUAAAGUACAUAAAAUCAAUAUCCCCGAAAUAACAACAACCAGGCGUCCGGUUAGAAGCGCGUAAAUUCCGUCAGUUUUUCGAGAGCUUCAGUGAUAAGAAAAUGUGCGAAUCGGCAGGCGCAGGCGCGCUCUUCCCCGACAAAUUUUCCGACUUUUCCUGCGAUGCGAGAGGCGAGGCGACAAUCCAAUGGCCACAGUUUACGUUCGGAAGUCGAUGAAAGCUGUGUGCUGGCCGUGGCCAACGGAAUUUUAACCGUUGCAUGUGCGUUACGCGAGUGUGUGUGAGUGUGUGCCAUGCGCGCGUCUGUGUGCCAUCCGUGUAGUAGUAGAGGAGCAGCGAACGAAAAAACGGAACGUCUGCUUUAACAAUUGCAAAAAGAAAACCACACACACACACACGUCACGUCACAGAGCGUCUAAAGAGCGGAGCUUAGGCUGCAUCCGGGAUUCGGUUGGAAAAAAACUAUAAUUAGAUUGGCGUCCAGCAUUGCAGUGGAUACCUGGAAGCACAGGGACACCACCCGCAGCAGCAGCGGCAGCACAGCAACAUGUGUGUGGCCUGAAUCCGUGCAGGAGUACUACGGACAAGCCACCGAGCAACCACUAGUGGGGACUUUGGACAUAUAUCUGGGGACAUAAAAUGCAUUUACAUUUCGAGCGGAACAUCAACACAAAAUGCGACUGCACGAUACUAUCGUUGUCAUGGAUGGGAAAGGUGCCAGAUGAUAUACCCGAGGAUGAGGGCUGGAAGCUAAAUCGCACCAACUACUACCAGGAGGGAUGGCUGGCCACGGGCAAUGUGCGCGGCAUUGUGGGCGUCACCUUUACCACCUCCCAUUGCCGCAAGAACAUGGACUAUCCGCUUCGGACCAACUACAAUCUGCGCGGCCAUCGAUCGGAUGUCAUCCUGGUCAAAUGGAACGAGCCGUACCAGAAGCUGGCCUCCUGCGACAGCUCGGGCAUCAUCUUUGUGUGGAUAAAGUACGAGGGCCGAUGGUCCAUUGAGCUGAUCAACGAUCGGAACACGCCAGUGACACAUUUCUCCUGGUCGCACGACGGACGGAUGGCCCUCAUCUGCUACCAGGAUGGCUUCGUUCUGGUGGGCUCUGUGGCGGGACAGCGCUAUUGGUCCUCCAUGCUGAACCUGGAGUCGACCAUCACCUGCGGCAUUUGGACGCCCGACGAUCAGCAGGUGUAUUUCGGCACCACCCAGGGCCAGGUGAUCGUCAUGGAUGUCCAUGGGGCGAUGGUGUCGCAGGUGCAGCUCUCCAACGAUGUGCCCAUCACCUCGAUGGCCUGGUCCUGCGAGAAGUUCAAAAUGGAGGAGGGCGAAGAAGCAGAACCCGGCGUGACUAAUGCGGCCAAACGCUCGUUUGUGCUGGCUGUUAGCUUCCAGAAUGGAUAUAUCUAUCUGUUGAAGUCAUUCGACGACGUCUCACCCGCACAUAUCAACACUUGCCUCAACGGCGCCCUCGGCAUGGUCAUGGAGUGGAGCAAUUCCCGCGAACUGCUCGCCGUGGCUGGGACCCUGCGCACCGGGAUGGAUGGCCAUGGCCUGAAGCCAUCGGAGGACCCGACCACGCCCGCCAGCUACACGAAUCUGGUCAAGUUCUACACGGAGACGGGGGCGUGUCUGUAUCAGGCGCAUAUACCCUGCAACAGUGCCCCGGUGUCGGCCAUUACGUGGGGCCACAACGACAAGCGUCUGUUUAUUGCCACGGGAACGCAGGUGCACAUUGCCUGGGUGUCGCGGCGGGUGGCCUCGCUGCAGUUGCUCUGCCGCCUGGAGAUUCAGGCCAGCGUGGGCUCCGAGACGCUGCUGCCACUGCUGCCGUUGCCUUCUAGGAUUAAGUCUCUAAUUGGCAAUCUGUUUGCUCAAACGAUACGAUGCUGUGUACCUGAUCUGAAGUCGCUGCGCGAUUUUGUAUCGCGACCACCGCUCUGCUCCACGCGACUCCACUGCACCAUGAUCCGGCACGACGAUGACUCCAAUCUGAGCUCGGGCACCUGCUACACGCUCUACCUGGAGUAUCUGGGGGGUCUGGUGCCGCUGCUCAAGGGCAAGCGCACCUCAAAGAUACGCCCGGAGUUUGUCAUAUUCGAUCCACAAGUGAAUGAUGCUUCUUUGUACUUUCAAUACUCCGCGGAGGCCAAGAGCUCGUCGGGCUCCAGUCAGUCCACCACAACGGGCAACAGCGGACGCACCGACUCCUCGGACAGUGACUUCGAGGAGCGAUCAUCGCGCUUUGGUUCGCCCAGGACGCCGCGCAAGAAGCGAGUGCGGCCCAAGCGUCGCAACCAAGCGGGCGAGCGUGUGGGCACAGCAGGAGGAGGCGGAGCAGCAGCAGGAGGCAAUGAUCCGGACAGCCUGGACGAGCUGGCCUACGUGGACACACUGCCGGAGCAGGAAGUCAAGCUGGUGGAGGUGACCUCCAACAUUUGGGGAACGAAAUUCAAGAUCCAUGGACUUGCCAAAACCGUCCCAGCCAAUUUAGGCCAAGUAACAUAUAAGACGUCCCUUCUGCAUUUGCAGCCGCGUCAGAUGACGCUGGUGAUCACCGAGCUACGCGACGAUUUUCCACCUGGUCCCGAUCCCAGCUUCAAUCCCAACAUCUUCUCCGAGGACGAAGACGAGCAGCAGCAGCAGCACCAGCAGCACCACCACGAGGCAGUGCCGCAGGUGAAUGUGACCACGCCCCAAGAUGUGGCGACCGCCCUAAAGCCGCCGAUGAUGCCACAGCGACGCCUGCUGGAGGGUGCGUCUGCCCCACUGAUUGCACCCAUGUCGCCACGCCCCAAUCGAAUACUGGCGCGGCACAAGAACUCGCUGACGGUGAACGGCGGAGGAGGCGGGGAACGAGGCUCAAACGCGGGACUCAGUCCGUUGGCGCGGGCCGAGAGCUACGAUGAUGAUUCAUCCAAUGACUCGCAGGAAGCAGGAGCCGCUGCUGCUGCCGCCGCCUGCCAGUCCACCACCGUGCUGCUGCAUCAGGCACCCUCCUCCAAUGGCUCGGGGCCCAGCAGCAGCAGCAACGGCAGCGGCAACGGCAGCGGCAGCGGCAAGAAUCUAACACGUCCAAAGACCAUAAGCAGCUUCAAGAACAGCUACAGCCGCUCCAGCUCCAAUUCCAGCUGCCAGUCGCGGCACGCCAUCUCGCCGCUCUACUGCGACGGGGCUGUGCCCACGCUCCAGUCGCCCAAGAACGCGGUGGCACCCUCGGACAUUAUUUUCGAGAGGCCUGCAGUGCCGGGCGCCGGGCAGACCACCCUGAUGUCCUACUCGAGCAAUGCGGACUAUGCCAACAAUGUGGUUCAGGUGAAGAAUGCUCUGAUGUCGGAACCCGUGCGCUCAGCCAAUAGCCACGUGAACCCCGUGCCCCUCAAUCUGAAUCUGAAUCUGGAGCGCAUGGAUGCGAGGCAGGUCAAGUGCAUGGCGCCGCAUGCAUCCGCAUCCACAUCCACAUCGAAGCGACGUGAUAUGCUAUACAUCGACGAGGAGACCCAGUCCCCGACACCCACCACGAGCAGCAGCAGCAUGAAGCGGACGCCCACGGUGGUUUCCAUAGCGCCCGCAAUGCCCGACUCCAUUACGCGCAGCUGCAGCGUUGGCUACCUGGACUCCGUGGCCAUCACGCCCUCCGACGAGGCACUGUCCGCCCUGCGCAAGGAGGCGCCCAACAAGCGUCUGGUGCUGGUGGACAAGCGACGCAACCGCCGGAAGCGGCAGCAGCAGGAAGAUGCGCGACGGCACAAACUGCAGCAGACGGGCAAGUCCAAGAGCUUGGACUCGUGCGAUCUGCUGUCGCUGCAAACGAAACUGUCCAGCAAGGAGCACGAGCUGGUGGUGAAGAAACUCCAGGAGAUCUCCGACAGCAGUGCCUGCAGCAGUGCAGCCAACACGCUCUGCUUCAAGUGCCGCAACAACAUGAACCCCAGCAGCGCCUGCAAGCGGUGCCAGCCCACGUCCAACGCUGUGCUCGACGAGAUCACGGCUGUGGUCAGCGUGGAGGCACCCGCGAAAGAGGCACCGCCUGCCACACAGCCACUCACAGCCACACAGCCAAAGCCCGCGACCAAGAAACGCUUCGAUGUCAUCACCAGCUUCACGGACUCUCCGCUCUUCACGCGAAAGCAUCGCUUCGGCUACGGGCGCAGCAAAGAUGGUGCCGGGACAGAAAACUCCACCCCAGUGUUGGGACGAAAGCAGGAUAACACUUUCAGCUUUGUCAAGCAGCUGUCCGAGGUGCGCUGGCGUCGCAAGGAGCCACCGCCACAGGGGCAGGUGAAUGGAUCCAGCAAUGCCAGCACCUUGGAGAGGCAGCAGCAGCUAGAAACAACUGGAGCCGCCGCCUGCGGUGCCGUAGAGGCCACGCCCGUGGAAGCCAAGGCAUCUGUGUCGCUGCACACCCAGGCUCUUACAACUUUGGAGAACAUAAUCAGCCGCCUGCGGGAUCUGGACGAGGGUCGUUUGACGCCACCCUCGACGCCACAGCGUCUGCCACGCAGCUCUCCGGCCUCGCCGGCGGCCAGCAAGAAGAACAAGCGCCAGCAGAGCAAUUCCCCCAUACGCCACAUUCUCAACUCUCCGCUGCUCAAUCGCAGGCAGCGCAAGAAGCCGAGCAUCAUCGAGAGCUCGGACGAUGAGGGAAACCAGACGAACGGCUCUGGCGCAGAGGAGAGCAGCAACAACGGUGGGGGCAAUGGCAAGCAGUAUCGCGACCUGGAGACAUUCCAAAAGGCACAGCUGCGUCAGAAGUCCUCUUAUCCACAGCUGAAGCGCGGCAAGAUCGAGCCGAAUGGCAGUGCCAGCUGUGCCAAUCCGGCACCGGUGCGUCGGGAAUUCGUGAUGCACAACAAGGCCCCCAUGUGGAACGAGAUGAGUCAGGUGUAUCAGCUGGAUUUCGGUGGCCGCGUUACCCAGGAGUCGGCCAAGAACUUCCAAAUUGAGUUCCGUGGCAAGCAGGUCAUGCAAUUUGGUCGUAUCGAUGGGAAUGCCUACACAUUAGACUUCCAGUAUCCCUUUUCCGCCCUACAAGCCUUUGCCGUGGCUCUGGCAAAUGUAACACAGCGACUAAAGUAAUUUCCGAGGCAGGGUCUAUGAGAAUGUGUGUGUAUAUCGCAACGUAUCGUAUCCGUAUCCGUAUCCGUAUCCUUAUUGUGCAUUGCAUUGCGCUCUACAAAAUGUCGCCAGCUGAUUGCAGCAGCAGUUGCUUUUUUGGCCUAUGCUAUACAUAUAUUUUUUAUACCAAAUGGCAGACGACAGACGACGAAGACGACCGACCGACCGAUUAGCGAAAAUUUGCCUUUUCAUUUUGUAUAUAAUGUAUUUAUAUGAUAUGAUUGUGUAUGUAUGAUCUUUAGGUUUCUGAACAGAUGCCGUAUCGUAUUUUUAGUGAGCGUAAUGAACACGUACCACCACACCACUGAUUGAAGGUUUUGCCAUAUGCAAAAAACAUAUGUAGUGCAUAUGCAUAAUGGGUGUCACAGUCCGAUCCAUUUUUGUGCAAUAUUUGUAUGACAAAUUUUUUGGAUUAAGUGUAGUCGGGUAGCCGGGUAGCCGCAGAAGGUGUAAAUUUGUAGCCGUAAACGAUGUAAUAUUUUAAAUGUAAAACCCAAGCAACUAAAAUUAGAUCAGAGUCGAUUUUUAACACUAGUUUGUACAAGAGCAGCCUUUUUUGCAUAGAGCUUCGUUUCUUGCUUUACUCGAUUUAAGUGCAAUACAAAAAUUCCUUUCGUUAACACUCUAAUAGACAUAAGCCAAUAUGAAUAUGAAUAUGAGCCCCUUGAACGGGGGAGGGGGAGACGUAAAAGCGAUUACUUAAUGCUAGGCCUAGCGUACUCGUAUUUUGUAUAUGUGUAAACAAAUUGGGAAGUGAAUGUUGGAAUGGAAAACAAAUCUCUGUGCUUUUUCCUCUUACUCUUUUUGGUAGUUAGGCUUAAAUUCAAAUGAAAAUUCGUUAUUGUAAUUGUUGUGAAUAUUGAAAAUAAGCACCGGAGUCGUAAACGAUUUAGGCGAUCUACUACAUUCAUACAUACAUCAUUAAAUAAAUGUAUUUUACGUGAAUAAA